AUGCCUCAUAAUUUCAACAUUGAUGCAUGUAUCCAGAUAGCCAAGCUGGCCGCAGCUGCGGGUGAAAUAGCAUCAUUUCCAUAUCUGAAAGGCAUGGCAGGAUGUGUUGUAGUCUUCUUGGAGGUGAUCCAAAAGGCCGCUCAGAAUGAUGAAGACCUUAAGAUGCUUGCAGCAUAUCCUGGAGAGACCAGUGCCCUGCAUUUUCAGAACAUAUGCACAGAGCUUGAGAUGUACCUAGGGACUCUACUUACUGAGCUGCACACCACUCAGAACAGACUAAAUUCUGAAAGAAUCAGGCGCUUCUUCAAGACAAAGAAGGUUUCUGAUGCUAUUAAUGAGUACAAGGAGCGAGUCAACAAUGCCAAGGCCAAUUUUAGGAUGAAUGUUGCUAUGGACUCUCGUCUUGCACUUUCUGUUGCUACAGAGGAACUAAACACAAAUAUCAAGGCUGUCUCUGGUGCAGUCAAGAAAUCAGAGCAAACUAUUAUAUCCACUAUCAAAACACAUACAGAUGGAAUAUAUGAAGAAAUCCACACACUAGGUGUGAGACAGGGUGAAAGAGAUGGUCAGCUUUACACUACUGCAAUACCUUCAAAAUAUCAAGGGCAUGUCUCAGAGUUCAUUCCUAGCAAUAUCUACCUUGAAAAGCCUGUGGAAUCUUUUGGAAAAUUCUCUGAUUAUGAGAGUUUUCAGGAUUUUCAAGCUAUCAUUAUGCCACAUGGUACUCAGAGUAUUGUUUGCCAGUACUGCAAAGGUGAUAAGCAGGCCCUUCAAUGGUUUCAUAAAGAUCUGGAUUCACUCCUCUGUCUGAAGCAUCCAAAUGUCAUGCAAAUAUAUGGUGUGUGCACAACAGCAGAGUUUCUUGCUAUUGUUUUCCAUGGAGAUACAAGGAUAUCAGUUGAUGACUACUUUGCCAAAUCAACCUCCCAAGAGGUGAUGAUCUUCUAUGCUCAAGCUUAUUUUGAUUUUAAGUCUAUAUUUUCUUAUUUGGAUAAAAAUUGCAUAGUAGUAUCUGAGGAUUCUAUAGCAGAAGGUAAAUAA